GCUUCAACAGUUGAUUACUACAGAGUCGAUAAGGAAGACAUAGUAACUGGUGACACACAAGAGACGGCUCCACCUCCUGCUCUACCUCCUGUCGCACAGACUUUGCCCAGUCAGCCAUUAGAUGUGCUUUUUAUUGAAAGAAGAGGUGAGCUGACUUCAGUUUUAUCCAACAUUCCUCUGCUCUAUAACAGAGAAAGAGAAAAAUUUUCUUUUCCCUCUUGUUCUUACAAAUUAUACAAUGUAAGUGCUGUAACCUUUUUCAAGCAUUCAGCAGGUUAGUACCUAGUAAAAGCUUACUAUGUUUGUGGCUUCUAAAGCUGUAGUGGUUGAAGGUAAAAUCCAUUUUUUCCCCUAUGAAUGAUAAUAUUAUUAGGGUUGGGAAAUUCUAAAUCACACUUCCUGAAGGUUGAAUUACAGGUUUAUCCAGAGUAGGGAUUUUAAUAGUGCUUGAUUUCUUUUGGUAAAAUGAGUUUGAGAUGGCAUAAAUCUACAGUUCUUUGUAAAGGAUUUGUGUGCAUACAGGUUUGUCAGUGUCAAUUGAUGAUCAUUUACUUUGCAUCCAGAUGGACAUGGCUUUACGCGGGAAAGGAAAACAAGGAUGAUGCAGUUGGAAGAAGAGAAGAAAGAGCCACAGUCUGCUCCAAUAAACAGACAGAUGACAACUGCAGAGUUUGCUGUGGUAUGGUUAUUCUAAAAUCAGAAUAUAACGCAUGCUUUAAAUCCAGAUACAUUGACCAUUGUAGUGUACAGUGUACAUUCUUUACUCCUGACAGUGGCCAAGGGUCUGGGGGUCAAUAAGGAAAUAUGUGCUAUGUAUAGCCCAUUUUACAGACUUUACAGGUGGAAACAAGGCUGUAGUUGACCUUGUUUUGAUACAAACCUUCCUGCUUUGUUAUGUAAAUCAUGUUGUUCUUAUGCCAAAUAGUAUUUUAAAGCAUAAUUUCCAUAAGAAAAGGAAGGAGGUUUGUAUCAAAACAAGGUCACCUCACGUUCAGUCAAAGGCUAGGAUACUAAGCCCACAACUGUAAAAUGGCCUGUAUUCCCAGAGAAAAGAAAGCCAAUGACUACAGUCACUUAUGUUUUGAAUGUAAUACUUUUCAUUUCUCAUUAGUCUGUACACCGAGCAUUCAGAUCUUUUUCCCUCUUCUGCCAUGGACUUCUUGCAGGUAAGGUCCCAUUUACUAAAUGUAACAUUUUUACACUUCUUUUACACCAGUGCAUAAACACAUGAAAAUGUUGGUGGUCUACGCAUGCCUGAAAGUAAUCUUCAACAUUAGCAGUUAGCACCAUCUAUCGGCAACAAAAUUGUUGAGACACUGUGAUCAAAGAUGUUAUUUUUUUGGAAAAAAAACAAUCUGCCCUCCUCCCCCCCCCCCCUCCCCCACCCCUACUUCCACCACCACCUUUUCAUUCAACGUUGCGUUUAUUGUUAUUUCCUACAAGCUGUUUGGACAGCAGAACAACAUUAGGGAGCUUAAGCAUAAACCACGGCGGCGGCUACAAAAAGGUCACUUAAAAAGAGAAUUCGUGCUGCCUCAAAUUUUAUCGUGCUUGUUCCAUCUCGUUUAAUGUUGGCAAAUUUUUUUGCAGUUGAAUUCUAAAGGACUCUAUCUAAGUUCAGGAAAAGAAAAAGAAAGUUGUUGUCUUGUGUUCCCGUCCUGGACAAAAUGUAAAAUUAAGCACUUCAACGUCGUAGUCGUGCAAGGACGGUUACGAAAUGUUCAAAAAAGCGUGAUGCACGUGCAAAGUUGUGUUUUUGCCAAUCUAAACCUAUUGCUUUUUUGCUGUUCUCGUUGACCGCACCGGCAACAAAACCAUACACUUCCUGGUGAAGAGAAAGCUUUACCUUCCCUUUUGAAUUCGAUGUAGUGUAAUCAAAACUUGAGAAAUGUCCUUGGGGAAAAGUGUCUCAACAAACAAUGUUGCUGAUUAAAGACUUGAACUGUAACAAGAUGUAUUUCACAGUGCUGCACUUGCAUGGUGGGACACACAAAUAAAUUUUAAAUCUUCCUUUUGUUCUAUUUGUCAGGACUUGCACUUUGUCAGGUUAUUUUUGUGUACUCGCUGAGUAACAAUGGAACAGCGAAUGGAAACUUCCUAGAAAACUAUUACAAGCUGGCACAACCUCUUCAGUCCCUUUACUAUAUGCUCUUUGCCAUCUGCACAGUCUCUGUUUUUGACAGGUUUGUGUUUCAUUUCUCUUACGGAAGAUUGUAUUUAAGAUAUUUCAAGUAAUGCCUAGGCUAAAUAAACGUCGAACUUUUCAUAAGAUGAACCAAACGCUAAGUCCUAAGCCAAACGUCGAAAUUUUCAUGACACGAACUGAACUUAUUGAGUUAACUUCAUGAAAAGUUCGACGUCUGGCUCUGUUAAGUUCGUCUUAAUAAGUUUGGAUUGUCCAACACGUUCUAUCCGUCUGGGGCAGGCGGAUAGAACGUCUGAAGAUCGUCUCCGGGACAAACGUCGAUUUUCACAUGCGACGAUCUGAACUUAUAAUUAAACAUGUGUAUCAUAAUGUAUACUUAGCCUCGUUCGUAUGAGAAUUUCUGACUGAUCUUAUUCAGUUGAUUGGUUCGACGUGUCAUAGCUGUCGCAUUUGCCUGCUGGAAUUUUUUUGUUUUUAAACGUAAAAAAAAAAAAUAAAAAAUUGUAGUUUUGGUGUUCUCGUUGCUGUCGCGGUCGUAGAAAUUUUGCUACCAUGGUAACGUGACGACACACUUUUCCUCUCUAUUUAGGCUACGUUCAAACGGCAUUGGGCGAAUUUUUGGGUGGAACCGAUCAAAUACAGUUGAACCUGUACUAACGGCCACCUUGCCACAAAGGCCACUUUUUUAACUUGUUCCAGUUACUUAUCAGCAAUUUUUAACGUAACUGAUCAACCUUAGAUUAGCCUUAGAUGUGUACGCGAAACAACUAAGAUCAUUUAAGCGAAUCGACCUCAGUGUAGGCGAAACGACCAACAUUCACUUUGUCAAACCCUCCUGAAGUUUAAUUCCUAGGAGCCAUAUCCAAGUUCAGAAAGAUAAUGAAAAUUUGGCCUUCGCUUGUCUACCUCCUCCGUAAAACGUACAAUUAGGCAAUUUCACGUCGUAGUCGUGCAUAAACAGCAAAGCAAUGUACAAAAAAGUCUGAUGCAUGUGCAAAGUUGUUGUUUUUCCUAGUAAACCUAUUGUUUUUGUUUUGCGUUUUCGUUGUCGUCGCUCCGUCGGAUCUUAAAGCCCCUAUUAUUGUAAUACAACUCACUUUGACUCUGAAGAUGACUACCGCACAGGUUGUCGAAACGUCAGUCACAGUCAACAACAACAGUCCUAUUCAGGACUACGUUCACCCGGACGAUCAAACUCAACCUACUUUUGUAGUAAUAGUAAUGUUAUUUCUGAGAAAUGAAAACAAACUCCAAAACAUACAAGAGCACAGGCCUCCCACCCUGCACUUAGAACUUAGAACCAAUGUAUAUCCUUGUUUUUAAAGAUAUGACAUGGCGAAUCCACGGUCUGGAUUUUUUCAAGGCUUACUUACAAGACCUUCCAGGAUACUCUCA